AAUCGAAGACAAACAAAUCUGCCAUUGGUCUGACACCAAUCAUAAUAUACCUUCUUGUCUGACACCCACCUUUUCUGACACUGACACGACAGACAUCUGACACAACGGACAUCUGACAACGACAAAUUCUGGAGGUCACAGCACUUAGCAGGAAUUUCAGGAUUUCCAUAGUGAAUUUGUGGAGCCCCUCGCCGUGUCUUUUAAAUGACCUAGAGAAGUGUGUUUUGGUCUUAGUGAAUUGCCCUCUAAUAUUUUGUAAGAAUUAAUAUCAUUUCUCAAAAUCUUCAGUUAUAAUAUCACAGGAAAUGUUUCGAACUUUAGUCAUACGAAGCGAUGUUGCUAAGAAAAUCUUGAGAAGAAAUAUUCAUGCUAAAAUUAUAAGGACUUUAUCAGUAGAAUGUGCCAAGAAAAACCACUGCCACAGGUCAUCUCUUUAUGGAGGGACUCAGGAACUACUUGGAAGAUGGGGUGUCAUAGAAGAGCCUCUAUCAAGAUAUUACUCAAGCAAUCUACCAUCUCAUACCAGAGUUUCUCUACCUGCUCUUUCUCCUACUAUGGAAUUGGGUACAAUAAUCAGUUGGGAGAAAAAAGAAGGUGACAAAUUGAAUGAAGGUGACCUCCUUGCUGAAAUAGAGACAGAUAAAGCAACAAUGGGGUUUGAAACUCCAGAAGAGGGAUAUUUAGCAAAAAUUCUCAUUGCUGCUGGUACCAAAGAUGUUCCUAUUGGUAAACUGGUAUGCAUCAUAGUCGAAAACGAAUCCGACAUAGCCGCCUUCAAGGACUUCAAGGACGACGGUCCGGCGGCCGCCCCGCCCGCCCCCAAGGCUCCCGCCGCUCCCACGCCCGCCCCGGCUGCGCCCGCCCCGGCGGCCCCCUCGUCGUCGCCCCCGGUACCGGCGCCGGCGACGGGCGGCCGGGUGUACGCCAGUCCGAUGGCCAAGAGGCUGGCGGAGCAGAGGAAUAUCAGGCUACAAGGUAAUGGCACCGGUCUAUUCGGCUCCAUUACCUCGUCCGAUCUUCCAGCUGCAGGGGCAACCCCUCCGUCCGCUGCCCCCACCGCCCACUCGCCGCCCGCCGCCCCAGCCCCAGGCGCCGCCUACGUCGACGUGCCGGUGACCGGCAUGCGAGCGACCAUCGCCAAGCGGUUGCUACAGUCCAAGCAAACCAUUCCGCACUAUUAUCUGACGGCCGAGAUCAACGUGGAUAAGUUGAUGGCCGUGCGCGAGAAGUACAACAAGAGGUUGGAGAAGGCCGGGGUGAAGUUGAGCGUCAACGAUUUCAUUAUCAAGGCCGUGGCGCAGGCUAGUCUCAAAGUACCUGAAGCUAACUCCUCAUGGCAAGACUCCUACAUCCGCCGGUACCGUAACGUCGACGUCAGCGUCGCCGUAUCGACCGACAAGGGCCUCAUAACGCCGAUCGUUUUCGAGGCGGAGCGCAAAGGCGUGGUCGAAAUCAACAAGAUGGUGAAAGCGUUGGCGGCCAAGGCGCGGGACGGGAAACUCCAGCCGCACGAGUUCCAAGGCGGCACGAUCAGCGUGUCUAAUUUGGGCAUGUUCGGCGUUACGAAUUUUUCUGCUGUCAUCAAUCCGCCUCAGAGUUGUAUACUUGCGGUGGGGACUACUACGAAAAAGUUGGUGGCCGAUUCCGGUUCUGAUAAAGGAUUCAAGUCAUCCGAUUUCCUGAACGUAACACUGAGUUGUGAUCACAGGACUGUGGAUGGAGCUGUAGGUGCGGAAUGGCUCAAAGCUUUCAAAGAAUACCUCGAAGAUCCUGUAUCGAUGAUUAUUUAGUCCUGAGAAAAACGGUCGUACAUAAAUUUACCUAAAUAGAUGCUGCCAUUGGUCAUGGAGGCCAAAAUGAUUGAUUAGUGGUUUCAUAUGAGCAGUUGCUUCAAUGUUUGUGAUAUGUCAAAAGGGACAAUAAUUGAAGGUACUAGUGGAACAAUUUGAUUAGUUUCAUUGAAGUACACUGGCAAAAUUUUCAUCUUAUUAAAUAUCUUGGAAAUGUUUCUAUUAUUUUUUUUUUGAAGAGAGCGUGAAAAUGUUUGUAUGGCUAACAAAAAUGUAUUUGAUAUUCGAAAAAAAUUUCCAUGAUUCC